AUGUAUCGAUUUCCCUCCUUGAACACCAGCGUCGUUUUUCGGACGCCAUCUUGGAGCCGUGAUGGCGGGAGCCCGAAGAGUGCAUCGAGCCCAAUCAUCCGCUGGGAACCCCAUAACGAGGUCUUUCGGCGCUUCUCUGAGGAUGCGACAGAAGACGAGAGAGGAGCUGAUCGCAUGACAUUCGAAAAAGCCGAGAUAGCAUACAGAAACGCCGUAAAUUCACUUCACUCUUAUCUCAAUAAGGAUGAAGUUGCCACAGUUCUAUCCCAGAGUACCGUUGGCAAGCAGAGUGACCCCAAAGCAGAUCUUCAUCGGAUUGCUUGGGACAUACAACGGACUAGAGAGGCGAAGCUAGGGGAGGGAAAGACGAAGAAACUUAUCGAGUGCUUGGAUCAUUACCAGGGAGUCUUUGAUAUUCUGUCACAAGCAGAGUUCUCAGGUCUACCGUUGAUCUGGGGCGGUCUGAAGUUUGUGCUACUGGUGACGAAGAACAACUCAAACGUUCUCUCCAAAGUCAUCGAUGUGAUGAUUGACAUUGGGCGGGACCUGGAAAGGAUACGAGGGUACAUUGCGCUGUACCCGACUCCGAGAAUGCUUGAGUUCUCGUCCGAAUUGUAUGCGGCGAUCGUUGAGUUUCUGGACAAGGUCAUAAGAGAUGCGAAGAAUGCAGAGAAAAGUAUUCUCAAGCGCGCGAUGACGACCUUUUUACAACCCUUUGAGGUCAGAUAUGGAGAACUGGUGGCGAAGAUGAAGAAGACACAACGAGACAUCCGCGAGGACGCAGAGCUAUGUUUCCAUAUCAGGCAGGCAAUGGUAAACCACGCCAUAGAUAGAUACCGGACUGUAUUGCCGCUUCAAAGGCAUACGAUGCGCCAGGCUUUCAAAUCCGUCGCCGAAAACCCUACAGCAGACCUCUUCCAAGCGAUACGGAAGAAUCUGUUCAAGAAUUUCGAAGUCCAAGCCGGAUUCCACCAGGAGCUGCAAGCCACAUACGAGGUCACCACGUCAAAAGCGUGGAUCGAAUGGUUCAGCAUGGAGCAGAAAUAUGUUCCGUCGGGAUAUUCCCAUGAGACAAAAGUUAUACAGGCAGAGUGCGACGCCCCGGAUCCGCAGCACGCAUUGGUUUGGAAGAAGCAGCAGCGCAAGUUUGCGUCGCACGUCCCUUCGGCGUAUUUGAUCUGGACGCGCGGGAUGACAGCACAGUCAGCGAUAGCGUCACUCGUGGACCAGAUCCUCGUCCAGAAGACAGAGGUCAUGAUUGACGCCGAGAUCGACUUGGACCAGUUCAAGGAGGCUAACAACAGUGUGGCGUCCCUCUGGAACUUCUUUUCUUACCUUACAAGGGUCCUCGAAGGUUGCAUGAUUUACAUCACCAUCGGAUCCGUCGGGAAGCAGGAGUUUGCCAUUGUCGGUAAAUUUGUACGGAUGGCGAAGAUUUGGAAGGGGCCGCCUGUCAAUGUGACGCUCAUCCAUCCUUUCAAUGACAACUUUGCAAGAACGGAUGAUGUCGUAAAUCUCGAUGACAAGUACGAUGUUCACCCGCGACUCACGACAACGGACGCGAUGCACCACGUGCUGCUACUGGAAAUAAAUCCUGAGCGGAAGAUUUCGGACACUAUCCGGAGCCUUCUGUGGGAGACCGUCUGGCGGGAAGUACGAUACGCCGUCAUUGGUAUUGCUCUCACGCAAGUCAUAGAAAAGAUACACGACGCGGCUAAAAGAGCCGCCCGAGAAGCGCCGGUCAGAAGUCAGUCGUUCUUUUCAGAGACUGAAAUCGAACGAUGGGUCACUGUGGUCGGAAAGUGGACAGCGGCCACCUGGUCGAUGAACUGCAUGCGAGAGCAGAUCCAGCGGCACAUUGACAUUGUCGACAUUCAUCUCCCUCCCGAAAGGAAAAAGCGGCUCGAGGGCAAGUUGUCUUUGCUGGUAUUUGAGCAAGACGAGGAGCUUGGCUCGCAACUAACGUUUGCGCAGCGGGAGGCAAUAUGGGUCGAUGUGCAAGAAGCCAUAAAGCCAGGGACGGCUGAGAUGUUUUGUGAGAAUGUAGAGAAACUAACGUCUGCGAUGCUUGAAGACUAUCGCAAUGAAGGCUCGGGAGGAAAGGAAAGCGCGAAAGGCUUGUCUUUCCCUUUCGUCGAUGUAUACUUUGGUAAGGGCGGGCGGUGGAAGGAUUCGUUUUCUGGAAACCAGGAGUUGGUCGCUGAUGGAAUGACGAAUGCCAUUGAAAUCGGACUUGUCGGUUUGAUCAAAGCGCUGGCGUUGCAAGAGACGGAAGAGUAG